AUGAAACGCCUAUCCUUUGCUAGAGUUUGCGUUGAGAUAUCGGCAAAAUUGGAGAGAUGCGAGGAAGUAGAAGUAUGGGUGAAUGACAAAUCUUUCUCGGUUUCGGUUCUCUAUGAAUGGAGACCCAAUUCGUGUGCCAAAUGCUUUGCUUUUGGACAUAACUGCUUAGCAAACGAGGAGCUGAAGCAACCUCUGGCUACUGAUGCUGUCACGAACAGGAAGAAAAACCAGAAUACAGGCCAGAAGGAGAAGGGCGAAGUAGCACCACCAAUCUCGGCCUUAAAGGCUAAGGUAAUAGAAGAUCCAUCUUCUCAAAAUGCUUCUAAAGAUCUGAGGACUCAGAAGCAAGGAAUUGAAACCGACUCAAUGGCUCUAGUAGUCUCUAAUCAAAAUGAUGCUGCAGUAGCUCUAUCUUCGGAGGAAGAAUCGAAGGAUGAUGCAUGUGCGGUAAGUAGCAAUGGCAGUGGUGGGGAUGCGGAAUCUGCGGUUUACCCCAAUGAUCCUCAUCUUGGAACUAAGGUCCCUCCCAAUCAGAAGAAUGCUCCUAAGGCUACUGCAUUGGCUACUCCCUCUAGUGCUCCGAAGGGGUCGAAUAGAAGGAGGCCUUUUCGACGUCGGGGCCUCGGUGACCCCGUUAAACAAGACGACGUUAGAAAUUUUGUCAGGUCCAAUAAUCUCUGCUGUGUUGGAAUUAUUGAGACUAAGAUCUCCUCUGCUGCUUCUAUUUCGGUGGCUUUAGCAUUAUUACCGGGAUGGAGUUGGGUUAAUAACUAUAGCCAUUCCCAUAAGGGGAGAAUUUGGGUGGGGUGGAACCCCAGGGAUGUCGAUUUUUUGGUUAAUGCUGUGUCGGUGCAAGCCAUCCACAGUAGGCUGCUCUGGUUGGUUUCGGGCAAAGUUCUGUUUUUGUCGGUUGUCUAUGCUGAACAUCGGUUUAAUUCUAGACGACCGUUAUGGGAAGAUCUUAUUCAAACAAGUGGUACUCUCUCAUCUGUGCCUUGGAUUGUGGCUGGAGAUUUUAACGCCAUCCAAGACCCUUCGGAUAGAGUUGGAGGCACUAAUGCAUGGAUCCCGGCUUUUGAUGAAUUCCGUGAUUGUCUAGUUCAAGCUGGUCUGGAUGAUCUGCGUUUCACGGGGUUUAGAUACACAUGGUCUACCUCGUCGGGAAUCAAUAGAAAACAGAGGAAAAUAGAUAGGGUGCUAGUAAAUGGUUGCUGGAACUCGGUUUUCUCCUUUUCGGAAGCCGCUUUCUUACCGCCAGGUAUUUCGGAUCAUACGCCUAUGGUUAUUAAGGUUAUGCCGACCCCUAGGUCUUCCAAGCCAUUCAAGUUCUUUAAUUUUUGGAUGUCCCACCCGGAGUUCUCUAGAAUGGUUACGGAAAGGCUAGACAGGCCCUUUAAGCUACUCAGGAUGCUAUGCAAGCGGAUCCGCUCAGCUCUUCUCUUGCUGAUACAGAAAAGCAACAGCUUCAAGCAUUUGCAGAGCUUCGUCUCCAGGAGGAAUCUUUCUACCGGCAAAAAUCUAGAUGGAGAUACCACUACCUCGGAUCCUUCGGAAGUUCAAAAGGUGUUUGUUGAUCAUUUCCAGAAUCUUCUUGCUGCCUCACCUACCUCCGGAUGCCCUGUAAAGGAGGAGAUCCAGGCGGUGCUCAAUCACUUGCUGGUAGAGGAGCAGGUUCGUUUUUUAUCCUCUCCUAUUUCGGAUGAUGAAAUCAGGAAUACUCUGUUCUCUCUUGCAACUGGAAAAGCCCCUGGGCCCGACGGUUUUAAUGUGGAAUUCUUCAAACGCUCCUGGGAUAUUGUUGGUGCUUCGGUUAUCAUGGCAGUUAAGGAUUUCUUUGUAACGGGUGAGCUGUUAAAGCAAAUCAAUACCACCAUUAUUGCCCUUGUGCCCAAGAUCCCUAAUGCCUCGACUGUCCAUGACUUCAGGCCAAUUGCAUGCUGCAAUACCAUAUAUAAAUGUAUAACCAAGCUCAUUGCUAACCGCUUGGCUCGUGUGUUACCCUCCAUUGUUAGCUUGCCCCAAAAUACAUUUGUUAAGGGGAGACAUAUUAGUGAUAACAUCUUGCUUGCUCAUGAGCUUUUUAGUGGAUUUCAUCAUGAUCCUUACCGAGCCAAAUGCAUAAUUAAGGUCAAUUUUACAAAGGCCUACGAUACGGUAAGCUGGGAAUUCAUAGAAGUCUGUCUUCAAGCUUUCGGGUUCCCUCAGAUUUUUGUUGAUCGUAUUAUGAUUUGUAUUAGAUCCCCUAAGUUCUCUAUAUGCUUAAAUGGGGAGCUUCACGGAUUCUUUGCUAGCGGGAGAGGUAUCCGACAAGGCGAUCCGAUGUCUCCCUAUAUAUUCACGCUUGUGAUGGAGGUAUUUACUGGAUUAUUGGAUAGGCGAACAAGCCGGCCCGAGUUUGGCUUCUUCUGGAGGUGCAAGUCGACUAAGCUGUCCCACCUAUUCUUUGCUGAUGAUGUCUUCUUAUUUUUUGAAGCCACCUUGGCUUCGGUUGGACUGUUGAAAGACGGAAUUGAAUCAUUCUCCAACUGGAGUGGAUUGGUUCCGAAUCUGAACAAAAGCGAAGUAUUUCUCUUAGGUGGAUCGUCUGGUCUUCGGAAUGACAUCUUAAGUAUGCUCGGAUUCCAGGUUGGUUCCCUUCCCUUCCGUUAUCUUGGUGUUCCUGUUAUAUCCAAAAGAUUAGGGAAGGCAGAUUGUGUUACAUUGGUUAAUGGGAUAACGGCUUGUGUCCAAUCUUGGACCCAUAGAUUCUUGUCUUUUGCUGGUAGACUUUAG